AUGGUACGAAAAUUACGUUUUCACGAGCGUAAAUUAUUAAAAAAAGUUGAUUUUAUCAAUUGGGAAGUUGAUAAAAAUUUACAUGAAGUAACUGUUAUGCGUAAAUUUCAUAUACAAAAACGUGAAGAUUAUACAAAAUAUAAUGAUUUAUCACGAAGAAUACGUGAAUUAGCUCGUAAAAUUAAAGAAUUAGAUGCUAAUGAUCCAUUUCGAAUAGAAGCAACACGUACAUUAUUAGAAAAAUUACAUUCACUUGGUUUAACACCAACAAAAGAAAAUCUUGAAUUAGUUGAUAAAAUAACUGCUAGUCGAUUUUGUCGACGUCGUUUACCUGUUGUUAUGACACGUAAUCAUAUGGCACAACAUUUACCAGGAGCAGUUAAAUUUAUUGAACAAGGACAUAUUCGUAUUGGACCUGAUAUUGUUACCGAUCCAGCAUUUCUUGUUACGAGAAAUACAGAAGAUUUUAUUUCAUGGACUGAUAAUUCAGCAAUACGAAGACAAUUAUUAGAAUAUCAAGAUAUGGAAACUGAAAUUGUUUAA